GCACUGCGAGCAGCACUUUAGCAGGGGCACCUGUGUCCUGGGCAUCUGCACUGUCUUACUACUUGGAACCGGACCUAUAUGUUUUCGCUCCAUGUAUAAUGCGGUCCUGGAGGCAGCCGCUACCCCUGACCAACCCCGAAUUCACCGUGCACGAAUGGCCUGGCUACUGUGAAUAUAGAGUGGAAAACUGGCACCUUGCACGCGACGGAAGUGGUCGCGUCGUGGAAGGAUACCGAGCGCUGUCCUGGAAAGAUGCCGUAUUUUCCGUAAUAAUCGCAGUUCUGUGGCCUCUAUUUCGCGCCAGCUUGCGUGCACGUAUAGUGUUGGUUAUCGUCUUGGCUUUCAUGCUCUGGUCAAGGUGUUCACAGGUUCUAUGGGAAUCAGUAAUCUCGAUACCGCCUCAUGGAAUUCAGCUAGAGACGCACAAAGGUUAUCCUUCCAUGCCCCUCUACGCUGUGCGGCGUUUCAUCCCGUCAGGGUCGCUGAAAGACUUCAUUAUCAACGAGGGCCUUCAAAGAUGGAACGUUCGUUACUAUCUUUCCGCUAUAAGACGGACAUCUUGUGGCGCAUUCACGAUGGAGAUAGCUUACAACGACACCCUACCCCACUUCCCAAUUUUACUCGAGGUUUAUCGCGGAAUCCACGAGACGGAGCUAUUUUCACAGGCGUAAUAUCAAAUCUAUACAAUUUUGGAUAGCAAUGUGCACACACAAUUCAACACAGGAUGGCCUAACAUAAUAGUGAGUAUGUUCGAUGGGAUGCAGAGUCCAUGCAUAUGAUGCAAAUAAGUAAUGGUCGUGGUGUCAUUGACAAUUGAAGAACUCAAGACAUUCUAGGGGCCGUCUUCACUUUCGUAUGCGCUCAGUAGAUCAUUAUAGCCUUCGUCGUCACCUUCUUCCGCUGCGCUGUCGGUGGGACGAUGAUUAUCAGAGGAUGUUUUCCGAACUCUUCCUUCCGCUGAGAUUUUACGCGUUCGGAUCUCCCGCCCUUCGGUCGAUGUUUUACGCGUCCGUCGAGGCGAACGGGGCCGGGGUGAUACCGUCGAUCCACCGUUAAAGUCAAAAGCGGUGGCCCUGGGAGUCGAUGCUAAAUCAUAGUCUGUUGGCUCUGGUGCCAACGAGUUGGCACUAUGAUCCGAUUGUUCAAUUACUGUGUUCGGCUGUAUAUCGUCCUCAAUGCGUAAGGCUGCUAGCCGCGCGGGAACACGUUUAGAUCGCAGUCGAGAAUUUUUGAAAGGGGUUGGAGCUGACGAAUCCGAUGCCUCGCUCGCAUCCACAUCAGCUAAUGGGGGUGUCUUCCUCCUGGCAGCACUUCUACCUUGGAAAGGAGGCUCCAGCGUCGGUUCAUGAGAUGGGCUGAGAACCACUGACCCACGCUGCUGUUCAGGAUUUUCGAUCGUCACCCCGUUCAUAAACAACGCGGAUGAGGUUGGCGUCCGUGGAGGGGGUGAAGAAGGAAGAGUGGUAGGCGAGUCCGGAAGGUCUACCCUGCCCCAACCCUUUUCCGAAGAGCUGUCCGCCUGCCUUCGAGCAGUUGCGUAAGAGCUCGAGGGCCUCGAGGGUCCGUUAUCUGAAGACGCAGUUGACGAAGUCGAUACGGGUCGAUUCUGGGCGAACCUGAAAUUGGGUGCCAUAGGAGACCUCGAUCUGUGGAGGGGCACAAUUCGACUGGUCCGGUUACCGGCGGCAUCUGACUCAUAGUCGCUGCGAUCGCCGGGUCGGGACACUGACAAUGUCGUGGAAACUGAGGAUUGAGAGGCGCUUCGCGUUGGAUGGCCCCUGGCCUGCAUGACCUCCGACCACUGUUUAGUCUGUCUAGUUUGUGGUGUGGGCGUGCUCGAGACAUUAACGACCUUCGACGUGCCGUUGGGUGCCGUUAUUAAUGACGAUGAACUCAGAAGCAGGGGUCGCGGCCCAGUCCUUGGUGUCUGUUUUGGCGGAGGAUGCUGCAAACCUGUCAGAGAGGCGAGGGAUGCUUGAAGAUGCUUUGUCUUUUCUAAGAUACCCGUCUCUGACUGCGGAGAGAUGUCUUCAGCAUGUGAGGAGGACUCUGACAUCUCUCUUCGGGGUUGGGGGAACAUGCUGUCACGAGGCGGACGGAAGAAAGCGGGUCUAGGAGGAGGGGAGUAGAGAUCGGUAUGACCUGGCCGGAAGACAUGCCCCCUGUUGGAUGUGCCGCCGACCUGCUCGGAGACGGUAGACCCAAACGAGUCCCUGCGAUCAUCCGCGGAGUGUCCCCAAAGUCCGGAUGACAUAGCGGCAGGAGUUGAGGGGGUACUUGCUGUUCCUGGGGCGCUAGUGCGGUUCCAUGCCUGCAAAGCCUUCACUUUCCAAUUCGUGCUUACUUUUGCUAGCGUUGCUG